CAAGAUGGCAGAGGAGCUGGAGUCCGUGUUGCAGCUCACACCCUCGACUGCUGCAGGCGGGGAAGGACUUACAGAGGUCUCCCCAGAAACCGUCACUCCUGACCCACCUUCUUCUGCUGCAGUCUCCCCGGGGACAGAGGAACCUGCCGGAGACGCCAAGAAAAAAAUUGACAUCCUGCUGAAAGCUGUGGGAGACACCCCUAUUAUGAAAACAAAGAAGUGGGCUGUAGAGAGAACCCGAACCAUCCAAGGACUCAUUGACUUCAUCAAAAAGUUCCUUAAACUUGUGGCCUCAGAACAGUUGUUUAUUUAUGUGAACCAGUCCUUUGCUCCUUCCCCAGACCAAGAAGUUGGAACACUCUAUGAGUGCUUUGGCAGUGAUGGUAAACUGGUCCUACAUUACUGCAAAUCCCAGGCUUGGGGAUGAACCACAAAGAAAAACAAUUU